AUGGACGCCCAAGCCUACCUUAUAAAACAUGGCUGGUCCGGCCCGGGAAACCCAUUGAAUCCAAAUCCACGCCCAGGCGCGCACGGCGGACUGGGUCUCACACGCCCGCUCCUAGUAUCACGCAAAGCGAACAACCACGGCGUCGGCAAGAAGACGACCAAAGACCCGACGAACCAGUGGUGGCUGCGCGGGUUCGAGGAUGCGCUGAAGGGCAUCGGCAAUGACAGUUUCGAGGCUACGUCUGCGCGCGAGAGCAAUGCGCUUACCAGUGAGCUUUAUCGGCAUUUUGUGAGGGGGGAGGGGUUGGCGGGCACGCUUGAUGGGGUGAAGAAGGAGGCGACGGUCUCUGCGUCUACAUCUACGGCUACUACUUCUAAGUCGAAGCGCAAGAGAGAGGAUGGGGAGGAGAAGUCUGAUCGCAAGGCGAGGAAGUUGGAAAAAGCUAAGAGGAAGGAGGAGAAGGCUAAGAGGAAGGAGGAAAGGAGGUUGAAGAGGGUUGCUAAGGUAGAGAGGAGGGAGAAGAAGAUUGCUGAGAGGAUUGCGAAGAAGGCGAAGAAGGAGUUGGUGCGGACUGCUGAGGAGGAUUAUCCGACUCCUAUGUCCAUUGGGCAGGAGUCUGCGGAGACUACGGAGACCGAUGAGGCUGCUGCGCGGUCGAAGGAGAAGGCAGCGAAGAAGGAGAAGAAGGAGAGCAGGAAGGCUAAGAGUGCGGAAUCCGAGGUCGAUGUCGAAGACCCAAAGAAGAAGUCUAAAAAGGAGAUGAAAGAUAAAAAGGCCAAGGCUUGA